AUGCAGAAAAUGCAGUACUUCCAGAUGUUUGUGAUUGAUCCUCGACAUCGGCGCCGUCCCUUGACUAACGGCGGUCCCCUGUCCUUCUCCGGUGACUUUCGACGACCGCCUUUAGACAAGCUACCCAGUGGUUGUACCUGUACUGGACCUCUUGUAGACGGAGUGCUGUCGCCGAUCAAUGCCAGUCAGAAGCAUUUGCCCAUGACUUCGCCAAUGGACGAGUUCUGGUCUCCCGCCAUCACGCGGGCUCAAGUCUGGGGACCUCGGCUGGUGCAAAAGAAUGGAGGGACAGGGCAAUGUGGAACUGGUGAAGACUGCAAGUUUCAGGUCGACGUUAUGGGUUACGAACACGAAGAAGAGGAGCCCAGGCGCUUACACUCCGAUGCACAAGAACAGGAGCGUUUCUCCUCGUCUUCGUAUCGCGUUAUGAGAAACGGGAACCUCGCGAGUGUAGCGCUAGCCAGAGCUAGGGGCAACUGGUCUCGGCCCAUGCAGCCUGACUUUGACAGGCUGCCUGUCCCUUCUCGAAACUCAAAAGGCGGGCCGGGACGCUACAAGAAGGAGUCCCAGCAAGCUCAGGAGGCUCGUAGCGGUUGUGGCGUUGUCAUUUAUCCGGCCGAUCAGCCGCAGCGUGCUUAA